AGUAGCUGGGACUACAGGCUCAUGCCACCACGCCUGGCUAAUUUUUUUUUUUUUUCUCGUAGAGAUGGGGUUCCAUGCCAGCUAAUUUUUUUGUUAUUUUUAGUAGAAACAGGAUUUCACCGUGUUAGCCAGGAUGGUCUUGAUCUCCUGAACUCGUGAUCCUCCCGCCUCAGCCUCCCGAAGUGCUGGGAUUACAGGCGUGAGCUUACUUCUUAUUUUUUGAGACAUGAUCUCAUUCUGUCUCCAGGCUAGAGUGCAGUGACCUGAUCAUGGCUGACUGCAGCCUCAACCUCCCAAGACUCAGGUGAUCUUCCUAUCUCAGUCCCCCAGCAGCUGGUACUACAAGCGUAUUCCCCCACACUCAGCUAAUUUUUAUAUUUUUAGUAGAGACAAGGUUUCACCCUGUUGCCCAGGCUGGUCUCAAACUCCCAGGCUCAAAUGAUCCACUCACCUUGGACUCCCAAAGUGCUGGGAUUACAAGCGUGAACCACCACAGCCAGCCAAAAAAAAUUUUUAAAACUUUGCUGGCCAGGCACAGUACCUUACACCUGUAAUCCCAGCAUUUUGGGAAGCUGAGGCAGAAUAUCACAGUAGCACAGGAGUUCGAGACCAGCCUGGGCAACAUGCCAAAACCCCAUCUCAAAAACAAAAGAAUUAGCCAGGUGGUGUGGUGGUGCAGGCAGGUAGUCCCAGCUUACUUGGGAGGUGAAGUGGGAAGAUGGCUUCAGCCCAGGAGGUGGAGAUUGCAGCAAGCUGUGAUUGCACCACUGCACUCUAGCCUGGGUGACACACUGAGCCCCUCCCUGUCUCAAAAAAAGAAAAAAAGAAAAGUUUUGUCAAAUCCUGUUCUAGAACAAUCUAUGGCUGCCUCCUUCCAGUUCUCUGCUGUCCUCCUUGACAUAAGAAUUCACUUCUUUCCUUACCCACCACAAAUACAGGUUGGCCAGUCAAGAGCUGCAAAAGGUUCAUUGACAUCUCAGUAUCUUCAGUUCCUCGUUGAGCCCAGGAGGUGGAGGUUGCAGUGAGCCAAAGUCAAGAUCGCACCACAGCACUCCAGACUAGGCAACAGAGCAAGACUAUCUCAAAAAAAAAAAGAAAAGAAAAGAAGGGAAAAUGGUUUGAGAAUGCACCAGAUAGUCUGUGCUAAUCAGUUAAUGUGUCCUUCUCCAGUGGGAUAAGGUCUUUGGGAAAACUUAGAAACUGUGAUAUCACCUUUAUAGGCAAGAGUGAAAACCCACUGCCUCCUGAUCUCCCUAGCGACUGCCACUAAAAAAGUCCAUCCCAGAGGUCCACAGGCUCCUUUAAGCACCAAUCCCUGCUACAGAUAAGCUCCAGGCACAGUGGUUCAUGCCUGUAAUCCCAGCGCUUUGGGAGGCUGAGGCUGACAGAUCACUUGAGGUCAGGAGUUCGAGACCAGCCUGGCCAACAUGAUGAAACUCCGUCUCUACUAAAAAUACAACAAUUAGCCAGGCAUAGUGGUGCUUGCCUGUGAUCCCAGCUACUCAGGAGGCUGAAGCAAGAGAAUCACUUGAAUCCAGGAGGUGGAUGUUGCAGUGAGCCUAGAUCAAGUCACUGUACUCCAGCCAGAGCAACAGAGUAAGACUCCAUCUCAAACAAACAAACAAAAACAGAUAAGCUUGGCAAGACCUAAAUUAAUAAAUUAUUGUUUAAGAAUCACCCCAUCUCCUUUUUUUUUUUAUUUGACAUAGAGUCUCACUCUGUUACCCAGGCUAGAGUGCAGUGGUGUGAUCUUGGCUCACUGCCAAGAGGAGGUCCAGGAGUUUGUAUUGAGGUCCAGGAGUUUGAGACCAGUCUGGCCAACAUGGUGAAACCCCAUCUCUACUAAAAAUACAAAAAUGAGCUGGAUGUGCCGGCACAUGCCUGUAGUCCCAGUUACUCUGGAGGCUGGGGCAAGGGAAUUACUUGAACCUCCCGGGUUCAAGUAAUUCUCCUGCCCCAGCCUCCCGAGUGGCUGGGACUACAGGCACAUGCCGCCACGCCCAUCUAAUUUUUUGUAUUUUAGUAGAGACGGGGUUUCACUGUGUUGCCCAGGCUGGUCUUGAACUCCUGAGCUCAGGCAAUCCACCCGCCUCAGCCUCCCAAAGUGCUAGGAUUACAGGCGUGAGCCACCGCACCCAGCCAAAGAAUUAACCCAUUUUCUGACCAGGCACAAACAAGUUUUCUUCAGUAUAUACCCAACAUUCCCUCUCCCUAGGGCCCUACCCUGUGAGAAGACAUAGUGACCCCACCACCACCACAGACAAGGCUCAUCUGGUGGGUCCAUAUCAGAUAGGACUGUGAGCCAGGAAACACGGAUCUUUCCUGAGAUUCCCUGUCUUGGAAGUUCAGAGUGAAGGCCACAUCACUAGCUACACAGGAGCUCCCCAUUCCCCACACCCAACUGAACCCUAAGCCUCUUGGAGGUCGACACAGACCAGCUUCCUCAUUGCUCAUGUGCCAGCUGGUUCCCUUGUUCACUAAACACUUGCUUGGCCUGAGGAAAAGAGACACAGGGAGAGCCUGGCACUAUGUACCAUGAAAUCUGACUAGGGUCUUUCAUGGGCUGAUCUAUCUUUUGAUAUCUUAGCUCCUCAAAUGUAUACAUAAAAGAUAAUAUCUCUUUUCUUUCCUUUUUUUUUUUUUUUUUUUUGAGACAGAGUCUCACUAUGUUGCCCAGGCUGGAGUGCAAUGGUGCAACCUCCUCUCGGCUAACUGAAACCUCCGGCCCCAGGGUUCAAGCAAUUCUCCUGCCUCAGCCUCCGAGUAGCUGAGAUUACAGGUGCCCACCACCGAGCCUGGCUAAUUUUUGUAUUUUUAGUAGAGGCGGGGUUUCACCACCUUGGCCAGGCUGGUCUCAAACUCCUGACCUCGUAAUCGUCCCACCUUGGCCUCCCAAAGUGCAGGGAUUACAGGCGUGAGCCACCACACCUGGCCAACAAUAUCUGUCUCAGAAAGCACAAAGUGGCUGGGCGUGGUGGCUUACGCCUGUAAUCCCAGCACUUUGGAAGGCCAAAGUGGGCAGAUCAAUUGAGGUGAGGAGUUCAAGACCAGCCUGGCCAAGAUGGCAAAACCCCUUCUCUACUAAAAAUAUAAAAAAUUAGGCUGGGCUCAGUGGCUCAAGCCUGUAAUCCCAGCACUUUGGGAGGCCGAGGCAGGUGGAUCACGAGGUCAAGAGAUCGAGACCAUCCUGGUCAACAUGGUGAAACCCCGUCUCUACUAAAAAUACAAAAAAUUAGCUGGGCAUGGUGGCCCGUGCCUGUAAUCCCAGCUACUCAGGAGGCUGAGGCAGGAGAAUUGCCUGAACCCAGGAGGCGGAGGGUGCGGUGAGCCGAGAUCGCGCCAUUGCACUCCAGCCUGGGUAACAAGAGCGAAACUCCGUCUCAAAAAAAAAAAAAAAAAAAAUUAGCCGGGCGUGGUGGCAGGUGCCUGUAAUUCCAGCUACUCGAGAGGCUGAGGCAGAGAAUUGCUUGAACCUGGAAGGCAGAGGUUGUAGUGAGCCGAGAUUGCACCACUGCACUCCAGCCUAGGCGACAGAGCAAGACUCCAUCUCAAAAAGAAAAUUAAAAAAAAAAAAAAGGCAGGCGGUACUUCAAGAUGGCGGCGCCCAAUGGUACUAUGAGCGAUUCGGAAAGCAGUAGCAGCAGUAGCAAUGCGGAGGAGCUGGCGCGGUGCCACAAGGCAGCAAUACUGGCCUGGGGCUUGGAGCAACCGCUGCACCGGGCAGUGAAGCCAAGAGCCGGUGCUGCAAAUAACCAGUUGUCAACCUCCCAACCGAGCCUCAGGCCUAAGGUGGAUGAGCAUGAACAAGAUGGCAACAAGCUUCAGAGCAACAAGCUUCAGAGCACCCCCCAAUUCCGAGCCCACGUAGCCAAGAAGCUGGGAGCCCUGCUGGACAGUUCCAUUACCAUCUCAGAAGUAGCAAAGGAGCCAAAAAAAGCUCAGGUACAGAAAGUCGCUUCAGAGGUUGAUGGUUUCCGCCUUUUCUUCACGUCUGUCCCUGGAGGCCGUGAGAAGGAAGAGUCGCCCCAACCCCGCCGAAAGCGCCGGCCCUCCAGCUCCAGCAGUGAGGACAGCGAUGAGGAGUGGCAGCGGUGCCGGGAGGCAGCUGUGUCGGCGUCGGACAUCCUGCAGGAGUCAGCCAUCCACGGCCCUGGCACGGUGGUGAAGGAGGCAAAGAAGAAAAGGAAGUCGAAAAAGAAAGCCAAGAAGGUGGCGAUAGUUGCCACCACCACCCCCAGCGUGGCCACAGUCCAGAAGCAGAAGUCAGGUGAGCUCACCAGGGACCAGGUGUCGCUUGGAACCAAAAAGAAGAAAAAGGCAAAGAAGGCCAGUGAGGCCUCUCCACUCCCACCAGCAAAGAAUGCCACAGCAGUGCCUGCAAACUGAACCCAGCUGUGGGCACAGGGCUCAGCUCCAAUGACAGGGUGCCCCGGGGCAAGGCAUUUCCAAGCACCACCUCCCUCUCCAAGUUCAAGGACUGGGCUGGCAAGUCUACACUGCCCGUAAGACCCUGAUGGUGAUGAGGGCUUGCCCAAGAGUCUGGCCAAAAAAGUGGCUGUGGGUGAGAAGCCCAAGCACGGCCUGCCUGUCUGUGCUUCCAUAGGGGGCUGGGGGCGUGUGGUUCCAGAACACUGCAUGGCCUCAGGAAAAGGAGCCUUCCGGUUAUUUGAGACUAGUGGCCAAGUGGUGAAAACUCUAUCUCCCUAGAACUGUCUGAGGUGGGCAGGGGAAGGGAGACCUCCUCCCCCACCACCUCCUUAGCCUGGCGUGAGAAACCAUUUUUAGAAAAUGAGAGAAGGAAUCCCAAGAUGCCAAGGCCCAGAGAAACUUCUGUUCUUCUCCCCUUAGCCCACAUAGACUUCACAGAAGUGUCUGAGAAAGGAAAGAUUUGAUUCUCCUGCCUCAGCCUCCUGAGCUUUUUAGAAUUUCCUUUGUCUGCAUUUGUGAAUAUACCACACAUGAUAGUGUCUCUGAGCCGACCAGAUUAUGGAAACUCAAUUGUCGGGGGACCCAAAUAAAACUGAGAGUGAGUUGGGAUUGCCUCUGUCAGUGCUGAACCUUAAGAUGCUUUGAAUAAACAUCCUCCUCCUCUCUCCACGCCCCCCGCCAAAAAAAAAGCAUAAAGUUUGCUGGGCAUGGUGGCUCAGCAUGUAAACCUGUAAACCCAGCACUUUGGGAGGCCAAGGCAGGCAGAUAGAUCACCUGAGGCCAGGAGUUCAAGACCAGGCUGGUCAACAUGGUGACACCCUGUCUCUUACUAGGCAAGGUACAGUGGCUCAUGCCUGUAAUCCCAGCACUUUGGAAGGCUGAGGCGGAUGGAUCAUGAGGUCAGGAGUUUGAGACCAGCGUAACCAACAUGGUGAAACCCCAUGUCUACUAAAAAUACAAAAAAAUUAGCCAGGCAUGGUGGCGCACACCUGUAGUCCCACUACUUGGGAGGCUGAGGUCAGAGAAUCGUUUGAAAGUGGGAGGAAGAGGUUGCAGUGAGCCAAGAUCUCACCACUGCACUCUGGCCUGGGUGACAGAAUAAGAUCCUGUCUCAAAAAAAAUGAGAGAGAGAGAAGGAGGUAAUGUGACCCAGUUAGCAACCACAUCAGUGAAAAGAUCUGGGCAUGUAGAGUUCCCGACACACAGCAAGACCUGUUUGAAAGACCCUGCUGUAAACUGGCUGAUAGUUGGGAACUUGAGAUAAACUAUCCCAGGGGAAUCCCACCGCUGGCUUACCCAGUGGAUCCAGUUCAUGUGUGCUGAGGGCUCCGUGAGUUUAUCUCAUUAAUGCAUACCACAAAUCCGUAACGACUUCCACCAUUCCCCUCGAAUUCACAGACAGUAAAAUUAACAUUGGAGUUCAAGGGACUUUCCCAAGGUCACACAAACAACAGUUAGUAGAACGUGGAUUUGAACCUAGGCCAGGACUGCUCCACAAUACCACUGCCAUCCCACAAAGAGUGACUGAAUCAAACCUAUUUUCCCAAAUCUAUGCAAAAAUGAGGACCAACUUCCAAUCGGAGAUAUCACACCUUCCCUGCUGGCCACUGUUGGGCAGCAAGACCGAGUUCCCUGAGGCAGAGAGGGGUCUGGUGUUUUGCUCAGGGACUUCCUAAGAUGAGAACCAGGAGAACAACCCCAGAGGGCUCUGGAAUACGUGAACCAAAGGGUUUCUGUGUUCGAUUUUCACAAGCAAGCCCUACCUUAGUCAACUACCCCAUGUAUUUCCAAGUAAAGAAAAGUCCAUACUAUGAAUCACAGCACAAUCACUCAGACAUGCACAGGACUUCCCUGGAGGGAGCGCAAAGUGCCACUGGAGUUCAGUGACAUUUUUAUUCCUUUUUUUUUUUAGAUGUCUUACUCUGUCACCUAGGCUGGAGUGUAGUGGCACAAUCUCAGCUCACUGCAACCUCUGCCUCUGGGGUUGAAGUGAUUCUUGUGCCUCAGUUUCCCAAGUAUCUGGGACCACAGCUGAACACCACCACACCUGGCUAAUUUUUGUUUUGUUUUGUUUUGAGAUGGAGUCUCUCUCUGUUGCUCAGGCUGGAGUGCAAUGGUGCAAUCUCGGCUCACUGCAACCUCCGCCUCCCGGGUUCUAGUGAUUCUCCUGCCUCAGCCUCCCCAGUAGCUGAGAUUACAGGUGCCCGCCACUACUUCCUGCUAAUUUUUGUAUUUUUAGUAGAGAUGGGAUUUCACUAUGUUGCUCAGGCUGGUCUCGAACUCCUGAUCUCUGGUGAUCCACCCACAUUUUUAAAGAUGUAAGUUCACGUUCAUUGCAACAAGACCUCGCCUUUAUUUCCCUACGGGGCAAUAAUGAAACUAAUCUAUCCUCCAAUAAACUUAGUCAGUGAUUAACAAA